CCUAAGCUACCUACCAAACUCACCCCAUUUCAUUACAUCCAUUGUUCAUCACUCAAAGCCUGCAGCCAUGGCUUUUAUAGCUCUUGUACUCCUGUCCCUCCUUACUCCUCUCGUCUCUGUUUACUCCUUCGAUGAUGUAAAAUCAUGGUGCAGCCAGACACCCAACCCUCAACCUUGUGACUACUUUUUGAGCCAAAAGACUGAUCAAUCCCUCAUCAAACAAAAGUCCGAUUUUCUCAACUUAUCAAUGCAACUUGCUUUAGAACGUGCCAUAAUUGCUCAUGGUAACACCCUUUCCCUAGGCUCCAAGUGUCGGAAUGAGCGAGAAAAGGCUGCGUGGAAUGAUUGUCUUGAGCUCUACGAGCACACCAUUCUUAAGCUCAAUAAAACUCUUGAUCCCAACACUAGGUGCACCCAAGUUGACGCUCAAACAUGGCUCAGCACUGCUCUUACCAACCUCCAAACAUGCCAAGACGGGUUCAUCGAGCUUGGUGUGUCAGACUACCUUUUGCCCUCAAUGUCCAACAAUGUUUCCAAGUUGAUUAGUAACACUCUAUCCAUCAACAAAGUUCCAUAUGCCGAGCCUAGUUACAAAGGGGGUUACCCAACUUGGGUGAAACCUGGUGACCGAAAGCUUUUGCAGUCUUCUUCACUGGCUUCGCAGGCGAAUAUUGUGGUGUCAAAAGAUGGCUCAGGGGAUUACACGACAAUCGGAGCAGCAAUCACUGCAGCAUCCAAGCGAUCAGGAAGUGGAAGGUAUGUGAUAUAUGUGAAGGCAGGUACAUAUAGUGAGAAUGUUCAAAUUGGAAGCGGUUUGAAGAAUAUAAUGUUGCUGGGUGAUGGAAUUGGAAAGACCAUAGUGACCGGAAGUAAGAGUGUGGGGGGAGGCUCUACUACAUUCAAGUCAGCUACAGUUGCUGUGGUUGGAGAUGGCUUCAUAGCUCGUGGCAUGACAUUCCGUAACACCGCUGGAGCAUCCAACCACCAGGCAGUGGCUCUACGAUCCGGGUCUGACCUCUCAGUGUAUUACCAAUGUAGCUUUGAAGGGUACCAAGAUACUCUCUACACUUACUCUGAGCGACAAUUCUAUAGAGAAUGCGAUAUAUAUGGGACUGUGGAUUUCAUAUUUGGAAAUGCUGCAGUUGUGUUUCAAAAUUGCAACAUUUAUGCCCGUAACCCUCCCAACAAGAUCAACACAGUAACUGCCCAAGGCAGGACUGACCCUAACCAAAACACUGGAAUUUCCAUACACGACUGUAAGGUUACGGCUGCUUCCGAUCUAAAGCCAGUCCAAAGCUCGGUCAAGACAUACCUUGGAAGGCCAUGGAAAGAAUAUUCUCGGACCGUCUUCCUAAAGACAUACCUUGAUAGCCUAAUAAACUCGGCUGGUUGGUUGGAAUGGAGCGGUGACUUUGCCCUAAACACACUGUAUUAUGGAGAGUACAUGAAUACAGGCCCCGGGUCAUCCACAUCUGGUAGGGUAAAAUGGGCUGGUUAUCAUGUGAUUACUAGCUCAACUGAAGCAGCAAAGUUCACGGCUGGUAACUUCAUCUCCGGCAAUUCCUGGUUACCAUCUACCAACGUUCCUUUCACUUCUGGCCUUUGAAUAGAUCCAAUUAAUAGCACAUGAUAUUCUAUCAUCCUUCCAUAGAAAUGGUGCUAUAUCUAGCUAAUUUGAAUUCCUCGUAGGAGGAAAAUCAAAUUGGUGGGGGAAUAUGGUAAUGAUCCCUAAAAGCCUAAACACUUGGUUUCAUUGUGUCGUGUAAUAGCUACA